AUGGUGGAUUUACAGGUGCGAUGGGCUAUCAUGGCAGAGGGUCUUCUAUCCGGGUGUGCGGUUUGCGGCCAGGAGGAAGGAAUUCGGAUCUGCUCAGCUUGUCGCAUGGUUUUGUACUGUGGGCAGGAGCAUCAGCGCCCUCAUCGUGAUACCCGUAAGUUUGUAUGCAAAGGAAUAACGGGAGAGCGACAGAUGCUCGAAGCGGCCGAAGCUCAUGCCGAGGCGAAUCUUAGUGGAGCACACCCUGGGGGAAAUCUACUCCCUAUAAUGCCAGGCAUGAACAGAAACGUUCUUCAACACUUCGACACCUAUUGGCACUCUCCUUUAUUCAUUUAUCUGCGACGAGUCAACACAGUCAAGUCCGUUGAAGCGCAGAAGCGGUACUUCUUGCGCUGCGACAGCCUGCUCUUUGCGCGUUCCUUCGAUUUUCGUAUCGCCGCUCUCGAAACCACCGCCAGACUAGGCCAAGACCAAGAGCUUUACGACUCUAUCAAAGCUUUAUGUGUAUUGCCAGAUGUUCAUCAAAAUUUGGACAAUGAGGAUGUCCUGGAACCUAUCGACUUCAUGAUCCAGCCCCCUGUCAGUUUUUGGUACGAUCAACUCCUUGACUUGCUUAUCCUCAUGACCUUCCUGAAGAUCAAGCUACUCCUCGAUGUGAUGCGUCUUGAUGUCGCAAAAAAGCACUGGCUCCUAGGUUUCCGCAGAACAUCGUCAACAUGA